AGAAGGAGAAGGGGCGGGAGGGGUGUUGUCGCUGGUGUCGCGCGCCGGCAUGUGUUCGUGGUGUGGUGGUGCGUGGUCGCGGCCAGUUUAGCGGUUUAGCCAACGAAGUCACGGAUCCUUGGCAUGCGUGCGCGCCUGUUGAGCGGUCCCUCAUUGGCGCCGCCAACUUGACGAGGCUUGUGCAACAUCCGGAGUUUAACCCUUUCGCUUUCGGUCAGUUUUCCUCGAGCUGUUUUCCUCGACGGCCUGCCCCGCUCGCACGCACCUUGCCGCUCUGCGCUUGGGCGACUCUUCUUGCCGUCGGGCCCCGUCCAACGCUGUUCCGAGUCCAGGGGAGAGGACGAGGCUGCGGAGAAGAUGCUGAAGCAGGAGAAGUUGGAGCUGACGGACCUGUUCGGGCACUACGGGCCCUUCCAGCGGGUGGUGUUCCUCUUUGCGGUGACCAUCAGCAUGUUCGGGGCCUACCACAACCUCAUCAUCACGGCCGUGGCGCCCGACAUUGACCACUGGUGCGGCCGGCCGCCGGGGUACGAGAACCUGACGGCGGACGAGUGGAAGACCCUGGCGGUGCCCCGGGAGACGCGGCGGGGCGAGGAACGCUUCAGCCGCUGCCUGGUGCGCAACCUGACCGGUGCCAACGAGACCGGGCCCUGCCAGUUGGGCUGGGAGUACGACCACACCUUCUACAAGAGCACCAUCGUCGACGAGUGGGACCUGGUGUGCUCUCGGAGCUGGCUGGUGUCCCUGAGCCAGUCGGUGUACAUGGCGGGCUACAUGACCUCCAUGAUCGUCUUCGGACAGCUGUCGGAUAGAGUGGGCAGAAGGACAGUCAUUUGUGUGGCCUUGUCCGUCCUUCUCGUUGCAGGCUUCUCGACGCUCCUCUCGCAGAGCUUCGUUGCAUUCAUAAGCCUCCGCUACUUUGUCUCCCUCGGGGUUUCCGGCGUUGGCUCCACCUCCUUUGUGCUGCUCAUGGAGGUGGUGGGGCCCGACCUGAGGUCCUUCUUUGGCCUGGCCUACGAGUUUGGCUGGGCCACGGGCUACCUGGUGCUGGCCCUGGUGGCCUACCUCAUCAAGAGCUGGUUCUACGUCCAGCUGGUGGCCAUGGUCUCUGCGCUGGUCCUCGUCGUCGGCUUCUGGAUCCUCCCAGAGUCCCCUCGCUGGCUCAUGGCCAACAAGAAGUUUGAGCAAGCCCGGUCGCUCAUCAUGGAGGCCGUGGAGAGGAACGAGAAGGACAAGGAGGAGGCGGAGCAGAAGUUUGAGCUCCUCAAGGUGGAGUUUGAGAAGGAGCAGCCCAAGAACGUCUUCGGCAAGGUGACAGUCUUCGACCUGCUCAAGUCGCCCGUGCUGCGCAAGCGGACGCUCAUACUCUUCUGCUGCUGGUUUGUCAACUCGUUCACGUACUACGCCAUGUCGCUGAACACCAACGACCUCGGGGGCAACCCCUACCUCAACUUCGCCAUUGCCGGGGCCGUGGAGUUCCCGGCCUACGCCAUCUCGAUCGUGAUCAUCAAGCGCAUUGGGCGCCGCAUCUCCCAGUGCGGCUGCAUGGUCCUGGCGGGCUGCUCCUGCCUCCUCACCAUCUUCUUCUCGGGGCAGACCCUGUGGCUGAAGAUUGCCUUUGCCAUGCUGGGCAAGUUCCUGAUCACGGCCUCGUACGGCAUCCUGUACGUCUAUUCGGCCGAGAUCUACCCCACGGUGGUGCGCAACGUGGGCAUGGGCUCAAGCUCCACCAUUGCCCGGCUGGGGGCCAUCAUCGCCCCCUUCGUCAAGGAGCUGGGGCACGCGACCCACGAGAAUGUGCCGUUCGGGGUGUACGGCACCAUCUGCAUCCUGAGCGGCCUGUCGGUGCUGCUGCUGCCGGAGACCCGGGACGCCCAGCUGCCGGACACCCUGCUCGAGGGCGAGGCCUUCCAGAUGACACUGGAGCCUCUAAAGGGCGUCGCCAAGCACCCAGAGGACCCCGGACACCAGUGACGCACCACCGGCACUCCUGGGCCUUCCAACUCAUCUUACUGCCUCUCAACAGAUUGUUUUAUACCUGCCUGCUUUUUUACGUGGCCAGUGAGGCCGCCUACCAUGCACUACUCUUUGUACAUAGUCUACUAACUUCCCUUUGUAGGAAAUAUAUACAUGCUGAUGAA